AAGUUGCUCGCAUGAUACUAUUGGAAGAUUAUGGAGAAAUCCAAAGCUAGAACCUUCUCGUACGUGCGUACCAUCGAUGCAUAUAACUGGUCCCUUUGCCUCCACCUUUUUCACUCGCAAGUCUCAACAAGUGAAUAAGCAACGCAGCUUCAAAGUUAACAAGCAUGGGCAAGUGGUACCCCAAGGUGAGCGACGAAUAUCAGAAAGCAGUCCAGAAAUGCAAAAGAAAGCUUAGAGGACACGUCGCUGAGAAGCGCUGCGCUCCCAUCGUCCUUCGCCUAACAUGGCACUCUGCUGGUACUUUUGAUGUGAAGACGAGAACAGGGGGACCUUUUGGGACGAUCAGGCACCCAGAGGAGCUUGCACACCAGGCCAAUAAUGGUCUUGAUAUUGCUGUGAGACUUCUGGAGCCCAUCAAGGAACAGUUUCCUAUCUUGACCUAUGCUGACUUCUACCAGUUAGCUGGAGUUGUUGCUGUAGAAAUUACAGGAGGGCCUGAGAUUCCUUUCAACCCUGGGAGACCAGAUAAAUCUAAUCCACCCCCAGAAGGUCGCUUGCCUGAUGCUACUAAAGGUGCUGAUCAUCUGAGGGAGGUCUUUGGUCGAAUGGGUCUCAGUGACAAAGACAUUGUUGCCUUGUCUGGUGGUCACACCCUGGGUAGCUGCCACAAGGAGCGUUCUGGAUUUGAGGGUCCCUGGACCACUCAUCCUCUCAUUUUUGACAACUCUUAUUUCAAGGAAUUGUUAAGUGGAGAGAAGGAAGGCCUUAUCCAGCUGCCAUCUGAUAAGGCUCUUUUACAGGAUCCAGUCUUUCGAGCUCUAGUUGAAAAAUAUGCUGCAGAUGAGGAUGCAUUCUUUGAAGAUUAUGCGGAAGCUCAUUUGAAGCUCUCAGAGCUUGGCUUCGGUGAUGCUCAAUAAGGAACAGAGAUGGGAUCAGCGGAACAUCUGCUCGGCGUUGUUAUUUCAAUUCCUUGGAUUUGAGUAGACACAUUUGCUUGUGAAAAUGACAACAAAAUAAUGCAUAUUUGAGCGUUUGUAUUGGCUCAAAUGGUCAUGUAAAGAAUUGAAGAUGAAAUUUGAAAUGGGUUGUGUGUUAGUUAUGUUGUGAUUAAAGCUUAAAGGGUAGCUAUAUUUAUA